AUGGAUCAAACCUUUAUAAAUUCUUCCGUUCGAACGGCACCUUCGUUAGAGGAUUUUCUCUCACCAUGGGACACAAAUUCCUCAGCAUUUAAUAUGACAUUCCCAAAUGGUUCAUUUCCUAACCAUACAUUUGUUGUAGUACGUCCAUAUCCAAGUGGAUAUUCCAUUCCACAUAUUGUGCUAGCCUCAAUAAUUGUUACAAUACUGAUGAUUAUUGUUGUGGUCGGUAAUAUGUUAGUGAUUAUUGCGAUUGCAACGGAGAAAGCAUUAAAAAAUAUACAAAAUUGGUUCAUUGCAUCAUUGGCGGUUGCCGAUUUUUUCUUAGGCCUUAUUAUAAUGCCAUUCUCAUUGGCAAAUGAAUUAAUGGGCUAUUGGAUUUUUGGUAAUUGGUGGUGUGAUGUACAUUCUGCUAUGGAUGUGUUACUUUGUACAGCAUCAAUUAUGAAUUUGUGUUUAAUAUCACUGGACCGGUAUUGGAGUAUUACACAAGCGGUUGAUUAUUUGAAAAAACGCACACCUGCGCGCGCUGCAUUUAUGAUUGCCGCUGUUUGGAUCAUGAGUGGUUUAAUUUGUAUACCACCGUUAUUGGGAUGGAAAGUUACACGACCUCAAGAGGAAUUUCCUAAAUGCGAGUUAAGUCAAGAUAUUGGCUACGUCCUCUACUCAGCGUUAGGAUCAUUCUACAUUCCAAGUUGUAUAAUGGUAUUUGUAUAUAUACGUAUAUAUUUCGCAGCGAAGGCACGUGCACGACGUGGUAUACGAAAAAUACCACGUAGGCAACCAACGGACCAAGUGACUAGUUUUACAAAUUUAGCUGAUAGCAGUAAAAAAACACAACCAAUGCCAUCACAACCUGUAUCAACGGUAAUUGCUGUAGUCGACCGUAAUAGUAAUAAUUCACCACACGACCCUGCUGAACAAAGACCACCGAUUGCCACAAUUGAAGCACAUCCUCAACCACAAACUGUACAAAUACCAAUUGUCACAUGUGAUUUUGCAUCUGAUAUUAGUACGAGUGAUGCGGGUGAUGCUGAAUUAGCUGAACAAAAUAAAGACACAUUAAAAGUAUUUUCUCCAGGUGCUUUACAAGUCACUAAAAAUCCAUUAGUACAAUCACAGUUUCGUGGAUCAACGCUAUCAGUGAAUGGAGAAUUACAACAACAAGCUGCCGCAAUGGCACGUAAUCGUGCUCCAUCAAUGGGAAUUGAUACCGAUAUGGUAUCCGAAUUUGAUCCAAGUAGUUCAGAUUCAGGUGUGGUGUCACGUUGUGCUGUCGUGAAACCAUUAAAAUUACGUUUAUGUCAACCAAUAUUUGGUCGACGUAGUGCGCAUAAAACACGUAGUCGGAAUCACGAACACCAUAGUAGUAAAAGUGUUGAAGAGAGUAUACAACCAGCACCAAAAAUACAAAAACCAAGGGACCCAGAACGUGAAAAACGGCGAAUUGCACGUAAAAAAGAGAAACGUGCAACAUUAAUAUUAGGUUUAAUUAUGGGAUCAUUUAUUGCAUGUUGGCUACCAUUUUUUUUCCUGUACAUUUUAACACCAGCAUGUUCAAUAUGUGAAAUUCCUGAAUCAGCGUUCGCAAUUGCGUUUUGGUUGGGUUAUAUGAAUUCAGCAUUGAAUCCUGUUAUUUACACAAUAUUUAAUAAGGAUUUCCGAAGGGCAUUUAGACGUAUACUAUUCAAGUGAUGUUUAGCUUAUGUGUGUUGCUACAAUGUAUGUGUAACGCGUCGUAUACAAAUGGCGCAAUAUCGUGGA